GAAAAACCCUAAUAGAAUUAUCUAUAUAUAUGCAAUGUAAUCUGCUAAACCCUUAAACCCUAACUUCCCUUCGCAAUCAACUUUCUCUUCUCAUUUCAUCUUCCUCCCUCGCUCUCUACCUUUCACAUGGAAGCACCAAUGGAAUUUUGGGGUAUUGAGGUUAAGCCAGGACAAUCUGUCAACGUUGAUCCAAAUGAUGAAUUAGAGGGAUACAUCCACAUAUCUCAGGUUGCACUUGGAGAAAUAAAGAAAGACAAAUCAAUUGAACCUGUUGUUCUGUAUUUGAAAGUUGCUGAUCAAAAGCUUGUCUUGGGAACUCUUAUUAAGGAUUCAAUUCCCCAUCUUGCUUUGGAUAUAGUUCUAGACAAGGAAUCUGAACUUUCCCACAAUUCCAAAACUGCUAGCAUCUAUUUUUCUGGAUACAAAGUUCUUCAUGGUGAUGAUGGUGAUGACUCUGAUUUUUCUGAUUCUGAUUGUGAUCAUGAUCAUGAAAUUCCAGUGAUUGACCAAGCUCAAGUUGCAAAGGAGGUGGCUAAACUUGGAAAAACUGCUGCUAAACCUGCUGCUGCAAACGGUGCAUCUGCUAAGCAAGUCAAGAUUGUUGAUCCAGAGAAAGAUGAAGUUGAAUCUGAUGAUGAUGACUCCGAUGAAGAUUUUUCUGAAGAUGAUGAUACUGAUGCUUCUGAUGAGGUGGAUACUAUUGCUGAUAGUGAUAGUGAUGAGGGCAGUGAGAGUGAUGAGGAGACUCCUGCCAAGAAGAUGGAUACCGAUACAGAUAGUGAUGAGGACAGUGAGAGUGACGAAGAAACUCCAGCUAAGGAGGUGACUGUGAUCAAUAAGAACAAGAGACCCAACGGGUCUGCAUCAAAAACCCCAGUUCCUACCAAGAAAGCUAAAAAUGCUACUCCUGAAAAGACUGAUGGUAAGAAAGGUGCACAUACUGCAACUCCCCACCCUAUGAAGAAAGGUGGAAAAUCCCCAAAGGGUUCUGCUGGGAAGGGCCAGACUCCCAAUUCUAACAAGUCUGGCAACUUCAAAGGUGGUAAACAGCAAAAAAGGACUAAGUAAGCAUGGUGGUCGGUGAUUUUGCAUUUAUUACCAUAUUUGUGUAGUAAUUUUCCCCUGUAUUACAGUGAGUAUUGGUAAAAUCUGUUUGAUGUUUUAUCCUCACUUUGGACUAUUGAACAGUCAAAGAUGUAAUCAUGUUUUGGAAAAUUUGUUUUGACAUUGAUGAGUCACUAUAUCUUUGAUUAUUGCUUUUAA